GUAAACGCCACGUCGGUACCACGUCAGAUCGAGACAGAGUUAAAUUAGCCACAUAGGCGCCACAUCAGGCAAAACCGCCGUCAAACCGCCGAGGGACCUAAUCUGCACCGGUUUUGAUAGUUGAGGGACCUGUAAUAUCUGGUUUUGUGGUUGAAGGACGAAAAUCGGAUUCGUUUAGGACUGAAAACGGGGCGGGUAUUUCCCGACCGCCCGCCCGGCCACAUUAUUUCGGGUCAAAUUCGGGUCGGGAAUUUGGGUACCCGGACCCUUACAUGGAUACAGGGUUCGAAUACGGGUAAUUUUUUGCGGAUAUGAGAUCGGGUUCGGGAGAGUGGUAUCCGAUGGAUACGGAUUAUCCGGGAAAUUACGCGGGUAUUACCCGAUAAUCUAUCCGUAUAUUACCCGGAUAGAUGGACAGCAGCCCAACAGGCAAGCGCCCAACAGGCCAACACAACAGGCAACAGCCAGCCCACAUCCAAAAGGCCCACCAAACAAAGUGCCAAGCACAAACCCUAGCCUUCACUUCACAGUUCAGAUCAGGGCAGAACGCAGGCAGGCAAAUAGCCAGGCAGCACCGCGCCGCACGCCGCAUGCGUGCAUCCAGGCUCCAGCACCGCCGCCGUGCCUUCGCAGUUCGCCGACCACCAAGUGGCUACGCGGCCACGCCCACCGACCACCGGCCGCUGUCGCACGUCGCCGCGUGGGUGUGCGACAAGCCGACGACCGUCAGACUGCCGCCGCGCCGACCACCACCGCAAGGCCCCGCCUGGCCCCUUGCCUCUUUUGGCUCCUCAACGCCGAGAGCCGAAGGACGUCGCGCCACCUCGUCAUCUUCUUGGGUAGUCAAGUCAACACUCAGCGACUCAUCCAGCCAUCCAGGAUUAGGAUAGAAUGGCUAGUGGUGAUGCAAACACUAGUAUGUGUUGGUUCCAUACUUUGUCAACUUGGAAGAAUUGCUGUUUAUCUUCAUUUCGCUAUUUAUAUAAUCUGCCAUUUCUAGACUGUGUUUAUAUUUUGUCAAUUUUAUUUACAGGUCC